CACAAAUCUCACCAUUUGACGUCUUACCACACUUCAACGCCUAGACCAUGCGCUACUCUAGGCGCUCUCCUGUCAGGAAACAGGAAACGAAACAAACGCCGGCGCUUCUUCAUAUUCCCUGUCUUUGAUCCUGGUCUCUUAUCAAUGCCGUCCUUUCCACCAGUCUGGUUUAUAUGCGUCCGUGUGCACACCUUGAUCAGAGACCAGGCCUGGCCCCUGUGCUGUAUACUUCCUCUAACUGGCAUGGACCUUUAACGAAACCACACUUGGUAGUAUAUUGGCAGGAAAAGGUUGAAAUGUGAUAAGUGAUGUUCCUGCAGCUUCGUGUUUAGUCCUCGCUAGCAUGCCACUUUCACCCUCACAUAAACCCAUACAGAACAGACUGAUCACCCAGGUCGGCACGCUUCCUGGCAAAAUUAGGCGACCUACUCCUGGACCGAUCGAUGGUUGUUAAGUCCUCCUACUCUCUGUUUCAUUCCAGUCCCGUACGUAGUGGGUUCGUUGCCCUUCGGCAUACUUUGUUGCACUGCCUGCCGAGUGUUUCCGUAGUCCACCAUCGCAAGCAUAUAGAAACCUUUGGGGAGGGGAACUUUGAAGCGCGGCUUAUGCGGGCUUCAGAAUUCAGUAAAGCCUCGAGGGCGGAUAUGGCCGUUUCCACAGAAGGCACUGGCGUUUUCGCUUAUUCGUGCCCUCACUCUCAGACAUUCAUGCGCUCCGGUAUCCCGCGUCCCACAAGUUACCAUCCGAGGAACUCGCACGACUCGUUGUCCAUCACACCCUAAUCGAUACCACGCUCGGUGAGAUCAACCGCCAAUAUUGUGCCCGGGGCUGGCUGAUGCCCCAGGAUCUUCAGCUGGCGAAAUGAUGGUAAUAACAAUGUCAUUACGAUUCUAUCAAUGGGAUUCAGCGGACGCUUUGCCCAGGUGCACCUUACGAGAUGACCUGCAUGCGCAUACGCAUACGCAUGAGAUGGUACUUGCACUAGAUAGGUAGCAGACGCACGAAUGCUCGGCUUUGCAACUGCUUCUACAUUCUGUAGUUGGUUUAGUUCCCAUUAUGACACCGGUCUCCGUGACGUGGGCUGCUGUUCCCCUACCGUAAGUAUUAUCAUGGAAUUUUCGACGGAACAUGCCUCGGAAAGUGAGGGAAUUACACUAUCACGACUACCAAAGCAGCCUUCUUCCGCCGUUCUCCGCCCUAUUCCUCAGCAUUGAUGAAUAUCUAAUAAGGGGUAUCUUCACCUUCAACGGCUCGGGUCCAUAAGGUAGCGGUCGCUCCCGUCGUUCCCGUCUCGUCUUUAAGGGGAAUAUAGGCUUCUCACGAUGUGGUUGGCCAUGAAACUUCAUCCCGUCGCUUCAAGAGUCCAAGGUCGAGGGACAUGAUCCAUGCAUCUUGGAUAGUUCUGUGCCCGGAUUUCAGAAAGGAGAGGACACUUAUCCAAGUGUGAGGAAAGGGAAGGAGCACGGGGGCUAGAUCAGGAUCCAGGGUGGCUCCCAGAAGACGGGAGAGGAAUGAGAGCCCGUCGAUGUCCUGGUACGAAGAAGAGUCAUCCAUGCUAGUCUCAGACGUGUGGUGAGGCUCUGGUGAAAGUGCUCUUACAGUCUGUGAUUGGCUCAGGGGUCAACAAUAUGAACCAAUCAGAGCUAGGUGCACUUCUCGGCUCAAGUCUCUAUAACCAAUCAUCGUCCAGAGAUGGCUCAAGACAAAGAGAGCUGGGAAGACCAAGGCCAAAGGGUCAUGGAGUCGACGGAAAAAGCAAGUCCCAAAGUGGAAGAUGAGCGACUUUGACAAGCCCAUACGUAGUAAUCUCUUCAGGUGUAUACUGGCCCUUUGUGCGGAGUUUGCGUUGGAGUCAAGAAAAAAAAAAGAAAGGUCUGUCUUGUCUCAUCUUGGUCCGAUACGCUAUGGACUUUUGGCGGCGUGAUGCAUUCCAGAGAACGGGCACCUAGACCCAAUAUCGAGGUGACCCCCUGUUAAUUGUUGGAUAAAAGGGCAUAAGCAAGGGGUCCGGUCACCCUUUUUCCAUCCUGUUGUUGGACUCGUGGUGCGGUUCUAGAAGCAUCACAGCAUCAGGUAAUCUACCCUUGCAUGACUGCGUCGCCAAUGACCUUGCACCAGGCCAUGAGUGCUAGAUGAUGGUGAAAUGAAUGAUAUGUAUGUACGACGCGCUCAGAGACGCGUAGCCGAAGGAGGUUGAUUGCACGUCAAUCACCGACCGAACAUACAUAGUAAGUCUUGGAGCUUGGGUCCGAAGAUGGAUGGAUGGAUGGAUCCACUGAUCGCUCGGCCGCGCGCCGGAACCAAGACUCCCCAAGGGAAGAAACAGAUGCACGUGCGACUUCCAAAGUGCCUUCUGAAAAGUACCGAUACCAGGUGCUGAAAAGACAGUCAGUGAGUGGUAUUGGGAGAAAGAGAGAGAGAGAGAGAGCAAGGAGCCCUAGAAAAUGGAUCUAGGUGUGCCACUAGCCCCGUAUUGUGGCGCAGUCUUUCGUGGCACGCCCUGCUAUUUUUGGAAUCAACAGCGCUUGUCGCUACCGGGUAUUAGUAUCGAAGUUUGAUAUCUAAAGACGGAGUAGGUACUAGAUCUACGACUCUUCAAUUCUGCCUUUCCUCUACGAGGCCUGGCAUCGCAUGAAUAUGCAUGCAUGCAGGCGCAUGGGAAAUGCAGGUGACGGAGAAGCCCGUUUCCGUUCCCCAGAGGUGGCCGGUCACUUGUAGCCCGCAGCAUUUUUCUCCCAUGUCGUCAUAAGUCACAUGGAAAAGUCAGGUCGCAUUUUGUUUCAUGGGCCCUGACUACACGGCAUGUACAAGUAUGUACGCUAUCACUGUAAUGGUGUGUGACUGUCAGAACCCCAGGUUUCACAACGUCUCUGUAGCCGCCCUGGGUGAGGUAGGAAAAAACUACGAUUUCUAUCUCGAGUGGCAAAAAUACCUAGACACAUUCAGCAUACGCUAGGUAGUCUCCCGGUUAGUUAUUUCUGGCACCUCAGUCCAGGGUCAGAAGUUUCUCUGCUCCCUGGGCUACGGCCGAGGUGACGUUGCUGGAUAGGUAGUCACCAGGUUCACGGAGCAUCGCUUUAUGAUUUUGCUUACUCGGUAUAUACAUGGCAUUCCGGUUUGACGAUAGGUAGUCAGGCAUGACUACAGGAAGCCUCGCGGUCAGUGACCUGCUCAAUAGCCAGGUACCUCACCAGCUGGAGCAUCCUUCGCCCUCUCAAUUGUGAAUGGUGGGCAUAUCAAGUAGCUAUUUGGCUGUGAAAAGGUAUUGCAUUUGAUAUCCGUGCUUCUAGGAAAUGUUACACCACUACCCAUGCCCAGGAAACUUCCAUUGUAAAUUGGUAUUUCCGCACUACCAGUCCCGGCCCACUGCUUUAAAACUCUGGGAACGCAGAUCAAUGUUGCCAAAAAUAAACGUAAAUAUCAAG